GCGGGGAGCGGGGCAGAGAUCGAAGCGGCGGCGGCUGCGCCCCGGGCCCGCCGCACCUUCCCCUCCGGUCAGGGGAACCGCUGCAUGGGGCCGGGAGGGCGGCCCUGCUGCGCCGAGCGGCGGCGACGGCGGACCCCCCAGGCGGGCUGGGGCUGAGCCCGGGGCCAGGGCGGGGGCUUCGGGGGGACCAUGCCCCGAGGCCGGCCGGUCGCAGCAUGGCUCACGGGCCCGGCGCGCUGAUGCUGAAGUGCGUGGUGGUCGGCGACGGGGCGGUGGGCAAGACGUGCCUGCUCAUGAGCUAUGCCAACGACGCCUUCCCCGAGGAGUACGUGCCCACUGUCUUCGACCACUACGCAGUCAGCGUCACCGUGGGGGGCAAGCAGUACCUCUUGGGACUCUAUGACACAGCUGGACAGGAAGACUAUGAUCGUCUGAGGCCUUUAUCUUACCCCAUGACUGACGUCUUCCUCAUAUGCUUCUCUGUGGUAAACCCAGCCUCAUUUCAAAACGUAAAGGAGGAAUGGGUACCAGAGCUAAAGGAAUACGCACCAAAUGUCCCCUUCUUAUUAAUAGGAACUCAGAUUGAUCUCCGAGAUGACCCCAAAACUUUAGCAAGACUGAAUGACAUGAAAGAAAAACCUGUCUGUGUGGAACAAGGACAGAAACUAGCAAAAGAGAUAGGUGCAUGCUGCUAUGUGGAGUGUUCAGCUUUAACCCAGAAGGGUUUGAAGACUGUGUUUGACGAGGCUAUCAUAGCCAUUUUAACUCCAAAGAAACACACAGUAAAAAAAAGAAUAGGAUCAAGAUGUAUAAACUGUUGUUUGAUUACGUGAGAAACAUCUUUAGUGGCCAAGGAAACUGUCCAUUUCUCCCAGAAAGCAUUUGAAAUGCUACACCGAUAUCCUGACCUCUUACAAUGAAGCAGUUUAACUUGAGGAGGGAAGGAACCUGUCCUCAGCAUUCUACAGUUCAUUGAGAAUGUUUCCUAAAGGUCCAAGCAGCAGCGAACAGCAUCUGAAGCCACAUCUACUAUAAAUACUUUAUUUCAACUAGAAGGUACAAUCUCUCAGGGGUUUCAUAGUUAAAAAGCUACAAUCACAUCAUGUUGAAAUGACAUUUAGAAAACAACAGUGCUGUAAAUGGACUGCCCGGCUUGGACCAUGUAACUUCUGCACAGCCCUUAUGGAAUCUGCACAGAGAAAUAACUUCUCUCCUUUCUCCUCUUAAUUGUUCUUGUAUGUAAGCUGCUUUCUAUUCCAGUAGAUCCAGAGUGGCGAGAUAACCAGGCCAGCCACGUAGCCAAAGGUCGCUCCGAGUGUACAGGAGAUGGGCCACACCUGAGGAAAGAAUUGAGAUCUAAACCAACCGAUGCUUUAUUAUACUUGAGCACAAAUGAAGUGUAACACAAACAUUUCUAUAGUGAAGCUUAAUGUGCUUUCUUAAAGAAUGCCAAGUUUAAUAGAUCAUAACUGCAUUGAUCAUGAACACUAAAAAUGUACACAUUUUAGUUAAUGUGCAUUAAACAGUAACAAGGCUUCUGGGAACUGUAGAUUUUAGUUUGAUGUUAUCCAAAUUGCAUGAAAUACAUGCUAAAGUAACAUUUAAAAAUUGGGUCAUAGUUUGCCAUAAUCCUGAACUCAGUUUAGUUCUCUGAAUUAGUUGGCCAUUUUUCGAAUUCUCACAUUGGCUGUGUACAUCAAAUGAAAUAAGUGUACAGGCUGACCAAACCUUAGAAACUCUCAGUGGUGUCAGAGGGAAGACCCGGAAUCUAAGCAUGUCCUGUGGAAUUUGUGGUUAUCUGUUUCCAUAGUAAAACUGAUGUCCACUUGGAGCUGCAGAUAGCACAUCCACAGCAGAAGCUAUAACCCACAGCUUAUGCACACACCUAGUGUUAGGUGAGCAGAACACUGCUGGUUUCCCAAGACAGUUCCUCCAGCCAUGCUACAUUUCACUAAGCCAGAAAUAAAUAAUGGUGAUUUUAUAGGGUAUAUACACAGCCCUUAUGAAAUCUGCAGAAAAAUAUAGGGUGUAAUGACGUAGAAAGUCUUGGAAACAAACUUUCAUGCUCCUUUGUAAAGCUUAUUUGGUGUACUGCAGCCAUUUCUAACCCUUCUCUGGGGAAUAGGCCAUCAAAGUGUACUGGAGGAAAACCAUCUUACUAACUGGCUGGCACCUCAUUUGGCUUUCUUCUUCAGUCUGCUAUGGAUCUGCCUUAUUCUAAAUGCCAUGCAACAGACAGUAGUGUAGGCAAAGCUUCCAUGUGAACCACCUCCUGCAGUUGAGGGAAGCAUAAUCUAAUCCAUACAUUGUUACCAGCCUUCUUUAGGUUCAAAUUUGCAGUUGCUUAAACUACGACUUGUCUUUAGCAAGCUUCUGUUAUCUUCCAUGGUUUGUGCUUAAGCUUUGUCUAUUGCACAGAUUGGGUAAUGGAACACUAAACAUUUAUACUUGAAAAUGACAGCCUUAAAUGUUCAUACCAGUCACAAAUCUAGAUGUACUGUCUUGCAUGUGAGCUUUGUAGGAGUUUUUAAAAUAUAAGCACCACACUCCCCACUUGGUAGUGGACAGUCUACUGGACAAGAGCGUUCUCUUGAAGUGGGCACAGUAUGUCUUCAGGCAGUGGUGGUUCACAUUAAGUAUAUCAUGGCCUUAUGUAUGCUCAAAUGGGACUUCUGUAAUUUUCCCAUAUAGUUUUGGUCUGUUUUUAGAUAGAAUUGGAAGAAACUGUAUAGUCGGUUAACAGCUAAGUUGUCAAACCUAUGAUCUGAAGGAACCAAGACAGUAAAGUAUUAUUCGUUUCCAAGUCGCCUUUGGAGAUCUGAUGGCUUGUUUUUUUCUUCAAAUCUUCAUCUGUGAAACCCUUGACACUUGGUGUUGGCAAUGAGUUUAAGUCAAGGACUUUCCUGCUCCAAGAGAAAUGGAUUCAGAAUCUGAAUGUGCACUGGUGUCACCUCAGUCUCAUGUUUGAUCAUGGCGACAACCUCGUGUCCCAGUCAUUCAUGAGCUCUUAUCACUCUCUUCCGAUUGACAGCAGUCAUAGCUGGACUCCACCUUCUCCAGAUGGUAAGAAUCUUGUAUAGAGACUAUCUGAACUUCGCAGACGAUUGUAUCAUCUGAACCUGAGGUGCCUUAGGUACUCUGUUUACCUUGAUGGGGUUUGGAGUUUCCCAUUGCUUGUUAAGAGCUCUUUGUGUUUGUUAUUUAGUAUUUCUUUUUGCAAAAUCUUCUCUGCCACUUUAACCAGAAAACCAAAGAUUUGUUUUCUAUUCAUGAGCAGAUUAUAGAGACACUGCCUUAUUUUCAGACGCAUAUCUUCAUUAAUGGCUUAGGUUGCAGAAGAAAUUCAGACUAGUCUCUGGAAUAACUUUCAAACUAGUGAAAUAUCUGGGAAAGAAAAUACUUUUCAAAAAUAUUUUAUUAACAUGAACUGUGUUAGUGAGCACACUCACUGCUUCAAAUAAGGUCAUGUGUGAAAGAACAUACAAGAAGUUAUAAUUGGUUAGUGUUUGCAUAGAAAAUUUGUUCUAAAGCCCUUUAAAAUUUUUAGGGAAAUCUUGAAAUCUAAUAGCACUUACUUUGCUAAUGUAUGCCCUUACUCUGUCCUUACAGGUACACUGUAGCUUACUUGUGAUGAAUUAUCAUAUUUCCAAUACGUAGAGCUUGAGUUCAUGCUAUUUGUUAUAAAUUAUCUUAGUUACUUUAGACACUGCUUCCAUUUGAUUUUUAAUUAUUGGUUUUAAAUACCAAAUUAAAUGCUGGUUUGUUGGUGGUUGUUUUUAAAUGAUUGUUACGUCAACAGCAUCCCCUCCUGACGUAUGGGUCAUAAUAAAAUGAGAUGCAUAGUUUACUGUUUUAUGUAAA